GGUCGCUCCUGCUUUGCCACUACCAGCAGUUUAAGGAGACAACAGCGAUAAGCUACCGUAGGGGUUUGGUGGGGAGGAGGAAGACGGCGUUGCCACCGCCACCGCUUCACGGUGGGAUCGCCUUUUUGUGUUGCGAGGCGGCAGCGGCAGCAAUAGCUGCCGGUAUAGCCUUUGCGGGAGGAUGAUUGUGGGGGCGUGUGACAGCCGGCGGCAGCAAAGUCCCCGCGAAGCGCCGCUGGCGACACUCCCGGGGCAGGAGUCGCGCUGAGGGGCAGCGUUGCCGGCGAGGCAGGGCGGCCGGCCGGCCGGCGGGCGAGGCAGCCAGCCAACGCAACCACCGGGCAACAGGGAAUUGCAGCUGCGCCGGGAAGAGAGAGAGAAACUGGUGGGCACCCGGCGAGAUGAUGGACAGCCGCUUCUACUCCCUUUAAGUGAAAAGGGGUGGGAAGUUGAGGCGGCCGCCGUUGUCACUUCUGGACUCGCAGCCGCACGAGGAGGAGGAGGAGGAAGGGGGGAAGAGGCAGGCUCGGGCUCCCCUCACCGCGCAGCAGUAGUGGCAAAGAGCCGGAGGGGCGGGCGAGGAGAGUCGGUGCAAAAAGAGGGCCUGGGCUUAGGGGUUUGGACGAGAAAGGAAGCGCAGGCAAAGGGCAGCCUGCGGAAGACGAAGCGGCCUUCCCGGAGCCUAGAGGGCGGGGGUCAGGGACAGAGCCAUCUGAGCUGCUCCCUUGAGUGUGGCGUACAAGCGCGCUGGCGUGGCGAGCCGCCCCAAAGAAGCCGCCGUGCUACAUUAAUCUCGCCGCUAGAUUUAUUUACUUCGUGAGUUCCCCUUCUUCCUUUUCUUCUUCCUGUUCAGCGCUUUCCUCUUCCUUGGUCAGGUCCACUCCCUCAACUGAUAAGGGUGACUGCUCUGCCCCCUGAGUCCGCGUCUGCCUUGAGCAACCUCUCCCCCCCCCCCGCCUCGCGCGCCUUGCUUUCCCACCCCGUGCCCAGACCGAGGAGGGGGGGUGAUAAUGGUUGGAUGAAGAAGGCAAAGCAGGAGGGGGGAAAAGCCGAGACUUCGAGGCGUCCUUCCCUUUGCAGCGGGACCCUUCGCCUUGCCCGCCUGCUCCUUCCCUUUCUCCGCUCGUCUGGAUGAGGUGUGCGGCCGGGCGGGAGUAGGAGCCACGGCAAGAGGGGGGUGGAGAGGGGGAGGAGGAGGAGGAGGGGGAGGAAGAAGAAAAGGGUGCGCCGCCGGAGAGACCAUGAGGAAAUUUAACAUCAGAAAGGUGUUGGACGGCCUGGCGGGCUCGUCGUCCUCCUCUUCAGCUUCCUCCUCCUCGCAGCAGCAGCAGGCUGCAACCCGGGAGAACGACAUCCAGGAGACCCUCCACUCCGAGCACUUCCAGCUCUGCAAGACUGUUCGCCAUGGUUUCCCCUAUCAGCCUUCAGCUUUGUCUUUUGAUCCUGUUCAGAAGAUACUUGCCAUUGGAACACAAACUGGCGCUUUAAGGCUAUUUGGUCGACCUGGAGUUGAAUGCUACUGCCAACAUGAUAGUGGUGCUGCAGUAAUCCAGCUUCAGUUUUUGAUCAAUGAGGGUGCCCUUGUGAGUGCCUUGGCUGAUGAUACCUUACAUUUAUGGAACUUGCGUCAGAAAAGACCAGCUAUAUUGCAUUCCCUGAAAUUUAACAGAGAAAGGAUAACAUUUUGCCAUAUCCCUUUCCAGAGUAAAUGGUUGUAUGUGGGUACCGAAAGAGGAAAUAUACACAUUGUCAAUGUGGAGUCUUUCACUCUCUCAGGCUACGUCAUCAUGUGGAAUAAAGCCAUUGAACUGUCAUCCAAGUCUCAUCCAGGACCUGUUGUACAUAUUAGUGACAAUCCAAUGGAUGAAGGCAAGCUGUUGAUUGGUUUUGAAUCAGGAACAGUGGCAUUAUGGGAUCUCAAAUGCAAGAAGGCGGAAUACAGAUACACACAUGAUGAGGCAAUUCAUUCUGUAGCUUGGCAUCACGAAGGAAAGCAAUUUAUUUGUAGCCAUUCAGAUGGCAUGACUAUAUGGAAUAUAAGGAACCCUACUAAGCCAUUGCAGACAAUCACUCCCCAUGGGAAGCAGGUCAAAGAUGGAAAGAAGCCAGAACCCUGUAAACCUAUUCUUAAAGUGGAAUACAAAACAACUAGAAUUGGAGAGCCUUUUAUCAUCUUGUCAGGUGGCUUAUCAUAUGACACUGUCGGACGAAGACCCUGUUUAACUGUUAUGCACGGAAAGAGCACUGCUGUUCUAGAAAUGGAUUACUCUAUAGUAGAUUUUCUAACUCUGUGUGAAACUCCAUACCCUAAUGAUUUCCAAGAGCCAUACGCUGUGGUUGUUCUCCGAAAAGAUUUAGUAGUUAUUGACCUUGCACAAAAUGGGUAUCCUAUAUUUGAGAAUCCAUAUCCCUUGAAUAUACAUGAAUCUCCAGUUACUUGUUGUGAAUAUUUUGCUGAUUGCUCUGUAGACCUUAUUCCAGCACUUUAUUCAGUGGGUGCACGGCAAAAGCGUCAAGGCUAUAGUAAAAAGGUAAAAAAAAGAAGGCCUAUCAAUGGUGGAAAUUGGGGUUUGGUCACACAGAGUUAUUCAGAGAUUAUCAUUACUGGGCAUGCAGAUGGAUCAGUCAAGUUUUGGGAUGCUUCUGCAAUAACUUUGCAAGUACUAUACAAAUUAAAAACAGCUAUAUUUGAAAAAACUCGAAAUAAAGAAGAUAGACCAAGCACUGACAUAGUAGAUGAAGAUCCAUAUGCCAUUCAGAUCAUCUCAUGGUGUCCAGAAAGCAGGAUGCUGUGCAUAGCAGGAGUUUCUGCACAUGUCAUUGUUUACAGAUUCAGCAAACAAGAAAUAACAACAGAAGUUAUUCCGAUGCUUGAAAUACGGCUAUUGUAUGAAAUAAAUUAUAUAGAAUCUCCUGAUCCUGAGCAAAUGCCACCAUUGCCUACUCCAGGCACAGGUUCCAAUCCUCAUCCAUUCCCCCAGUCUCAUCCCUCCACUAGCAGUAGCUCUUCUGAUGGACUUCGUGAUAAUGUCCCAUGUUUAAAAGUUAAAAAUUCUCCCCUUAAACAGUCUCCAGGAUACCAGACAGAGCUAGUUAUCCAGUUAGUAUGGGUGAGUGGUGAACCUCCUCAGCAAAUAACAAGUCUUGCAAUCAACUCUGCCUAUGGAUUAGUAGUUUUUGGUAAUUGUAAUGGUAUUGCAAUGGUUGAUUACAUUCAAAAGACCACUUUAAACCUUGGCACUAUUGAAUUGUAUGGCUCUAAUGCCUAUCGGAGGGAACCUCGAUCUCCACGUAAAAGUAGACAACCAUCUGGAGCAGGACUUUGUGAUAUCAAUGAAAGUACUACAGUACAAGAGGAUCGUUGCAAGUCACCCACUUCAGGUUCUGGUUCCCCCAACAAUUCUGGUGAUGAACAAAAAAUGAAUAAUUUUAUAGAAAAGGUGAAAACCAAAAGCAGAAAGUUUUCCAAGAUGAUAGCCAGUGAUAUAGCAAAGAUGUCUAGAAAAUUAAGCUUACCAACUGAACUGAAACCUGAGUUAGAUGUUAGAGACAAUUCCUUCAGCCGAUCCAGAAGUUCUAGUGUAACAAGCAUUGAUAAGGAAUCCCGAGAAGCAAUUUCAGCUCUCCACUUUUGUGAGACCUUCACUCGAAAAGCCGAUACAUCACCUUCACCUUGCUUGUGGGUUGGGACUACUUUAGGCACCGUUUUAGUCAUUGCACUGAAUUUACCGCCAGGAGGAGAACAAAGGCUGCUUCAACCAGUAAUUGUUUCCCCCAGUGGAACUAUUCUGAGACUUAAAGGAGCAGUCUUAAGAAUGGCUUUUCUGGACACAACAGGAUCAAUAGUUCCACCUGCAUAUGAACCCUGGAGAGAACACAAUGUUCCUGAAGACAAGGAUGAAAAGGAUAAAUUGAAAAAACGUCGGCCUGUCUCAGUAUCUCCAUCCUCUUCUCAGGAAAUGAUUGAAAACCAAUAUGCAGUGAUAUGCUCCGAAAAGCAAGCAAAAGUUAUAUCACUGCCCUCACAGAACUGUACUUAUAAGCAAAAUAUAACAGAGACUUCAUUUGUCCUUCGCGGAGAUAUAGUGGCACUCAGUAACAGUAUCUGUCUUGCUUGUUUCUGUGCCAAUGGACAUAUAAUGACUUUUAGUUUGCCAAGUUUAAGGCCGCUAUUGGACGUAUAUUACUUACCACUUACCAACAUGAGGAUAGCCAGAACAUUUUGCUUCACCAACAAUGGGCAGGCAUUAUAUCUUGUCUCACCUACAGAAAUCCAGAGAAUUACUUAUAGCCAAGAAACAUGUGAAAACCUGCAGGAAAUGUUGGGUGAGCUCUUCACACCUGUAGAAACACCAGAAGCACCAAACAGAGGGUUCUUCAAAGGUCUCUUUGGAGGUGGUGCGCAAUCACUUGACAGGGAAGAACUCUUUGGUGAAUCCACAGCUGGAAAGGCAUCAAGAAGCCUUGCCCAGCAUAUACCAGGUUCUGGUGGUAUUGAAGGAGUCAAAGGAGCAGCAUCAGGAAUAGUUUGUGAGUUGGCACGAGCCAGAAUAGCAUUGGAUGAAAGAGGGCAAAAAUUGGGAGAGCUGGAAGAACGAACAACAGCCAUGUUAACUAGUGCUGAUUCUUUCUCAAAGCAUGCACAUGAGAUGAUGUUGAAAUGCAAGGAUAAAAAAUGGUACCAGUUCUGACAGCACAUUCUCAAAUACAUCUCUAUAACUUUACCUUGAAGAAAAAUCUUUUCAUUAACUUCUGCAGGACCAGCAAAGCUGGAAGUGUGUCAGCCAAUGGGUACAGAUGUUUCCUAGCACAAAUUAUGCACUGGUUUACCUCAGUCGUACAGCUUUAACUGAGGAUCAUUGUAUUUAAAACUGACACCCACAUCAUGAGGGUGUGUUUGCGCAUCUGCGCAUGUAUGUGUGUUAUCUGUGGGCUGACUAGAAGCUUGAGAACAGAAUUGAUGGCAAAGAGAACACAUGGACAAAAAUAGAAAAUUUGGAAUCAAAAGAGCAGGGGCAAUGCAGGAUCUAUCCUGUGUUAAUAUUUCAUAUGCCAAAAGUUUUGUGCUAUUGUUGUUGCUGCCAGUGUUUCAUCCUCCUCCAGGAGGUGCAAUAAAUCAGGGGUCCAAGAGCUAGAAUAAAGUUCAUUUUAUGGGACUAUUAACUGAUCUACACCUUUCCUCCUUAAAAGCACAUUCAUAAAGCUGUCUGAAAAUGACUUAUUCUGCUACCAUUUCUCUGCUCUGAUAAACUGGAAAUACAGAAGUUCCAUCUUGAAUC